GCGCGGCACAGACGCACAGAAGGCUCCAGAUCCAGACGCAACCUCUCGCGCCGCUGUCCGACUAGCUGCAGGAUCUGUCCAGUGGGUGUGCGCGUGAGAGCUGUGCCGGGGCGCGUGGCCAUGCUGGAGAGCGGGCGGAAGGUGCUGAAGGAGGGGCUGUUGGAGAAGCGCAGCGACGGGCUGCUGCAGCUGUGGAAGAAGAAGCGGUGCGCGCUCACGGAGGACGGUGUACUACUGCUGCCGCCCAAACAGCACGAGCCUCCCCAGCCGCCGUACGCGCACCGGGACUCGGCCAAAGUCAAAGAGCUGCACUUCGCCAACAUGAAGACCGUGGACUGCGUGGAGCGUAAAGGAAAGUACGUGUACUUCACGGUGGUGAUGGCGGAGGGCAAAGAGAUCGACUUCAGGUGCCCGCAGGACGAGGGCUGGAACGCGCAGAUUACGCUGCAGAUGGUGCAGUACAAGAACAGACAGGCCAUCCUCGCCGUGCGCUCUACCCGCCAGAAGCAGCAGUUGCUGGUGGUGCAUGUGCCCGGGCAGAAGACCCUCCGCAGCGCGCCUAACGUGGCUUGAGCGAGCCCCGGACACUAGCCCCGUCUGCGAUGUCUGGACUCGUAGCUGGAGUUUGAACUUGGAUUUUUUGCGUCUUCAUGGCAACCCCUCUCCUCAUUCAGAGACUAUUGUGGCGGACAGGCAGACUGAGCAUGUGUGAACAGCCACUCCUCCGUGAUUGGACUCAGACUUUAUUUAUUAGAUGUACAUAUAUUUUUUAACCUGUCGUCGAUGAAUGUGUUGUGCUUGUCAGAUUGUAGCCCAUGUCUUACAAAGGACUCGAAUGGAUUAGAACUCUUUUGUUUCACUGCAAAAAAUGAAUUUCUGCAAUGGUUAAAGGUGUACUCUGUAACUUUUUUGGUGGAGGUUCUGGCACCUGCUUGUCUCCAUAGAAGAUGUUAGUGUAUUCCAUGGAAUGUUCCACACAUUAAACGUGUCAAUUUAUUCUGACGUUACCUGCUUGUCUCUAUCCAGAUAGGUAAGUAUAUUGUCAAAUUCUGUCAAUUUCUGGUAAAACAAUAACAUCACCAUAAAGACAAGCAGGAGGUGGACCCUUCAACAGCACAGUUACAUAGGGCCCCUUCAAUAUGACUUGAAGUUUAGACUGUCUUUUCUGUUUUGAUUGUUGUCUGCUGCUGUGUCCUUGGGCAAGACACUUCACACUCAUUCUGUCACUGUGAACAAAAUUGUGUGGUUUGAGAACAGUUGAGACAGUCAUGACUAAAGCACUGGCCAUGCAUGUUGGAUCUCUGGGAUAUUCACUGUUUUUGAAAGAUAUAGGCUUGGGAUUGUCUCCCUAAAAUUUUCCAUUAUAACCGUAUGUUUUAAAGUAAUUUCAACAACAAUCACGUCUUUGUAAAACCAUUAUUUCACUCAAGUUAAUUUGUUUUGACAGAGAAGAUGCUGAACCAGGUCAACAUGUCUGUGAUUGGACAGUUAUACAGCAAACUCCACCUGGGAGUUCUGACCUGUCUCCAGCUCAGUUUAAACUAUGGGCAAUUUUGAAUGUUAUGGUUUAUCUAAAAAAACAACAACCCAAUUACAACUCAAAUCUAGAUUCUAAAUUCAAUUCAUUUUAAUGUUUUGUAGACAUUCAUGUUUUGCAGUGAUGGUUGUUGCUGUAGAAAGAAUAGCCUAAUACUGUUCAAAACUGUUCAUUUCAUCUCCAACCGAACCAAAGACUCAUAGAAGAUUUUGACAUGAGGAAAACCAGCUAUUUUUUAAUUAAUUUGCAAUGGAUAACCAUCUACAAGCUACACGGAUAUACAAGCAUUUCUGGAAAGUUCUGGCAUCUGAAUUGGCUGACCAGCCUCCUUGCCUGUGAUCUAGAAUACACACGUCUAUAAUAGAAAGAUGUGAGUCUGAUCACUGGUGAAACUCCCAUAGUUCAAAUGGGCAUGAUAGACAGCCGGAUAAGCCAAUCAGGGACAUGCAUGGUCUGUCCAUAUCAAAACAAAUAUGGCUGCUUACAAGGAAACAAGAAAGAUUCAAAAUGAUAGGUGACCAAUGAGCUCCUUUGUUUCAGGUGUCACAUUGAAAUAAACAAAUCUGAUUGGACAACUGUGUUUGAGCCUGUCUUGAGGAACGACGGUGGGAGGGGUGACCAGGCUGACGUCCCUUUUAACUCAUAAGCCGCUAAGCUUAUGUUGACACGAAUAGACCAUGCGUUGCUCUGAUUGGUUUAUCUGCCUGUCAGUCAUAGCCAUUGUAAAUUGUCUCGGUAUAGUGUAUCAUGUGGACAGAUUAUCAUCUAAACAGACCAUGCACGGACUUCCUGGUUGUAUGUAUCUAAUUCCCAAAGAAGUUUCAAAGGACCACUGAUGCAAUAUAAAACAAAUCUGUCAAAACAGAGGUUGACAAUACUGUCUUCAAAAUUUGAGAAUAUGCUACAUUUGAAUACUAAGUGUAGAGUAAAGAAAAUUGUCCAAAAAUAGUUGAUAAAAAAUUUUAAGAACAGAAACUUGGUGUCAUCUUCCCAAAAGAUUGUAUUCAAAACUUUUGUGCGAUACUUGAACCUCAACCUUCUUUAGAAGUAUGUUUAAGCACAUUUGAGAUGGACUGCAAAAACAUUAACAUUAACUUCUCUGUAAUCUUCCAUAGGGUUUGACAUGUGGUCUGUGUUUUGGUGUCUUUAUGUUUAUUUGAUCAUCAAACUGUUAUAAGCUGUCUGAUCCAUGGACAAUAUUAUUAAUAAGACCAGGCUCCGCCCACAAGUCUACGACACCCAUGCUCCUACAUGACUAUUCUCCAUAAAUAUACAAAAGCAUGAUGCAAAGCAAUACACUACAACUUCACAAACCUGAGGCGAUGUGAAGUAGUUCCAUUAGUGGGAUGCAUGCUAACUGUGUUGUGAUAAUGCUCAAAAGGUGGAGCGAGUUACCACCGAGAGAAAAGGGAAGGGACUGAAACUCAAACAUUUUACAAUGAUGUUUUGAGAGAAUAUAGCAAUUUCAAAACUAUGAAAGGUAACAUGGUGUGUUAGCAGUCUUUAUACCACAUAAAAGUGUAAUACCCCCUCUUUAAAGGAAAUAUACUGAAUUGGACUUAAGUCAAAACAUAUUUAUCAUUUAUUCAUGCCAUAUAUCUUAACAGAAUUGGAAAUAGAUUACAUAAUAUGGGUCAUUUUUUAAAGCGUAAUUUGUCAUUAUCUGAAAGCAUUUGUGCUUUUAUGUUUUGCAAUGUGUUCAUUUAUUGUCAUAAUUUGUACUCUUAAUUCAAAUAUAACUCCACAGGUCCAUGUGUACGACUCUCUCACAUGGUCCAAAACAAACAGCACAUAGUUUUACAGUAUGGUCAGCUCCCAGAGUAAAAGAGAUUUUUAUUUUGAUGGUGUGGAACAUGGUUUCCUGUGGCUGUCAUCUCUCUGUUACAGCAGAGUUUGUGUCAGAUUUAUUUUCAUACCCUUAAAAGAAACAUUCCAUU